AGGAGUCAGCCUUGCCGAUCAUGCCCGCUCUCAUCUAGUCGCCUCGUAAACCGCCAACAAUUCGCCAGUCCCUUGAAUCCUGCCAGUCUUGGCCCCGAGGCCGGUCGACAGGCGAAGCAGGAAUUUUUCCUCUUUCUUCUUUUUGCUUUGCCUGGCCUCGGACGGGGGAGGCCCGUGGACGGCCUUAUUACCUGUCAAUGUCCCAGACCUCCUCAUCCCACAACUCAACCCCACAAGAUCAUCAUGGCGGUCUCCUCUCGCCUGGCUUUCUGUCUCGCCUGGCUGCUCUUCGUGAGCUCCAUCAGCGAGGCCGCCAGUCCGUUCAGCACCUUCAAAUGGUCCGAUCGCACCUACGGUCCUGACGGUCCGUGGUACGCCGUCACCGUCGAGCUGGGCAGCAAACGUCAACCCAUCGACCUCUACCCCGGCGACCGGUGGGCCAGCACCGUCCUGCUCGACAAUGUCUGCGACAAUAAGACCGUCUCGGACGUCUGCUACGCCGAGCGUGCCGGCAUGUUCAACUCCAAUCGCUCGACCAGCAACGCUCCCGGGGUCGACAACACCUGGGUGACCAGCACCAACUUCGACACCAACCAGGGCACGAAACUGCACCGCGUCAUGGGCGACAGUGUCGUCAUCGGCGCUACCGAACCCACGCGCAACAUCAGCUUCGACGCUGUCAGCGAGGCCUACACGACCUACCCCAACGGCAAGAAUUAUCCCGUCUUCGUGGGCACCCUCGCUAUCGGCGCCCCCCGUCGCUACCACAUCGUCGAAGGGUGGCGCUUCAACAUGAUCGGCGCCUACCUCUACCAUAUUCCCGCCGGCGAGGCCCAGUUGCCUUCCUACUCCUACGGCAUGCACAUCGGCUCCGUGGCCCUUGACGUCCCUCCGUCCCUGAUCUUGGGCGGCUACGACCGCAACCGCGUGCUAGGCAACGUCAGCCGGCAGCCCGUUGCCCAGGACUCCGGGGGCACCGGCGCCCUCCGCAUCAAAAUGACCGACAUAACCAUCGGCGUCGCUGGCGGGGAGUCUCCCUUCAAUGAAUCCAGCUACAACGGGCUCCUGCAGCGCUCCGGCCGCUCCGACUCCCAAACCAGCCAGUCCCUCGAGGCCGACCUCGAACCCGUCAAGCCCUACCUCUACCUCCCCAAGUCCACCUGCGACAACAUCGCCGCGCGUCUGCCUGUCACCUUCGACUCCGGCCUUGGCCUCUACUUUUGGGACACCGAUGACCCGCAGUACGAUCGCAUCGUGGGUUCGGCGGCCUAUCUCGGCUUCCAAUUCUACGGCAACAGCUCCAACACCAACAAGCUCGAGGUGAAGGUCCCCUUCUCGCUCCUCUCUCUCACCCUGCAGGAGCCGCUCGUCGAACAAAACACCUCCUACUUCCCCUGCUUCCCCUCCGACAGCGACCCCGUCAUCCUCGGGCGCGCCUUCCUCCAGGCCGCUUUCAUCGCCUCCAAUUGGCAUGACGACACCGGCACCGGCGAGUGGUACCUGGCUCAGGGGCCGGGCCCCGCCGUCGCCUCCACCCCGGAAGUGACCGUCAUCGAGCCGGAUGACUCCACCCUCGCCGCCUCCUCGGACACUUGGGAGAGCUCCUGGGCCGACCACUGGGGGGUAGAUCUCGGCGACGCAGGAGAGUCGCCCGGAGAGUCGUCCGGAGAGUCGUCCGCCGCGGGCCUGUCCACCGGUGCCAAAGUCGGCGUGGGCGUCGGGGCCGGGGUCGGCGGUCUGCUCCUGAUUGGAGCGGUGGCCGCGGCGUGGUGGCUGCUCCGACGGCGUCGUCGGCAACGCGAACAGGCCCAGGCGCUCGCCGCACAGGACGCGACGGCCGGCGGAAGACCGCCACUCUCCGACUCGAAGAACCUGAGGGAAUUGGCCGGUGACGGUCGCCCGCACGAGAUGCACAGUUCGACGAUCUACGAGGCGCCCGAGUCGGAUCCCGGGAAAUCGAGGCCGUCGGAGCGGUUCGAGUUGGCGUGAGUUUGCUUUGUCUCUGUUGUGUUGAUUAUAGCGAUAUCCGUCUUUUAUAGACAUAGUAUAAUGAAG